GAGGCCGCGGCCGGGGGCCCGGCAGGGGCCCGCACGGGGCAGCCACCCCAGCCCGCGCCGCCCUCACAGCAGCCUCUGCGGCCGCCCGCCUCCCCCGAUGAGCCGUCGGUGGCCGCGUCGUCGGGAGGCAGCAGCCGCUUGCCACUCAGUGCCUCACUCGCCUUCUCCGACCUCACCGAGGAGAUGCUGGACUGCGGGCCCGGCGGUUUCGUGCGAGAGCUGGAGGAGCUGCGCUCGGAGAACGACUAUCUCAAGGACGAGAUUGAGGAGCUGCGGGCAGAGAUGCUGGAGAUGCGUGACGUCUACAUGGAGGAGGAUGUGUACCAGCUGCAGGAGCUGCGCCAGCAGCUGGACCAGGCCAGCAAGACCUGCCGCAUCCUGCAGUACCGGCUGCGCAAGGCUGAGCGCCGUAGCCUCCGUGCUGCUCAGACCGGCCAGGUGGAUGGUGAACUCAUCCGCGGCCUAGAGCAGGACGUCAAGGUCUCUAAGGACAUCUCUGUGAGGCUGCAUAAGGAGCUUGAGGCAGUGGAAAAGAAACGGGCACGGCUGGAGGAGGAGAACGAGGAGCUUCGUCAGCGGCUCAUCGAGACAGAGCUGGCUAAGCAGGUGCUGCAGACGGAGCUGGAGCGGCCGAGAGAGCAUUCCUUGAAGAAAAGAGGAACUCGCUCCCUGGGGAAGACAGACAAGAAGCCUUCGAUGCAGGAGGACAGUGCAGACCUGAAGUGCCAGCUGCACUUUGCAAAGGAGGAGUCGGCCCUCAUGUGCAAGAAGCUUACUAAGCUCGCCAAGGAGAACGACAGCAUGAAGGAGGAGCUGCUCAAGUACCGCUCCCUCUACGGCGAUCUGGACAGCGCCCUGUCGGCGGAGGAGCUGGCGGAUGCACCGCACUCGCGGGAGACCGAGCUGAAGGUGCAUCUGAAGCUGGUGGAGGAGGAGGCCAACCUGCUGAGCCGCCGCAUCGUGGAGCUGGAGGUGGAGAACCGGGGCCUGCGGGCUGAGAUGGACGACAUGAAGGAUCAUGGGGGCGGGGGCGGGGGCCCAGAGGCACGCCUGGCCUUCUCGGCGCUGGGUGGCAGUGAGUGCGGGGAGAGCUUGGCGGAGCUGCGGCGACACCUGCAGUUCGUGGAGGAGGAGGCAGAACUCCUGCGGCGCUCCUCAGCGGAACUGGAGGAUCAGAACAAGCUGCUGCUGAGCGAGCUGGCCAAGUACCGCUCAGAGCAUGAGCUGGAUGUGACGCUGUCGGAGGAUAGCUGCUCCGUGCUCAGCGAGCCCUCGCAGGAGGAGCUGGCGGCUGCCAAACUGCAGAUCGGCGAGCUCAGCGGCAAGGUCAAGAAGCUCCAGUACGAGAACCGCGUGCUUCUGUCCAACCUCCAGCGUUGUGAUCUUGCCUCCUGCCAGAGCACGCGGCCCAUGCUGGAGACAGAUGCCGAGGCGGGAGACUCUGCCCAGUGCGUGCCUGCUGCCCUCGGCGAGACCCAUGGUCCCCAUGCCACCCGGCUCUGCAGAGCCAGGGAGGCCGAGGUGCUGCCUGGGCUGAGGGAACAGGCUGCCCUGGUCAGCAAGGCCAUCGACGUCCUGGUGGCUGAUGCCAAUGGCUUCUCAGCUGGCCUCCGCCUAUAUCUGGACAACGAGUGUGCUGACUUUCGGCUGCAUGAGGCCCCGGACAACAGCGAGGGCCCCACGGACACCAAGCUCAUCCAUGCUAUCCUGGUGCGGCUGAGCAUGCUCCAGCAGGAGCUCAACGCCUUCACGCGCAAGGCAGACGCGGUCCUCGGGAGCUCUGCCAAGGAGCCCCCGGAGCCCUUCUCAUCACUGCCCCCCUUGGGCUCCCAGGGGCCCUCCAAGGAGAUUCUUUUAGCCAAAGACCUUGGCUCAGAUUUCCAGCCACCUGACUUCAGGGACCUGCCGGAAUGGGAGCCCAGGAUACGAGAGGCCUUCCGUACUGGUGACUUGGAUUCCAAGCCUGACCCCAGCCGGAGCUUCAGGCCUUACCGAGCUGAAGACAAUGAUUCCUACGCCUCUGAGAUCAAGGAGCUGCAGCUGGUGCUGGCUGAGGCCCAUGACAGCCUCCGGGGCUUGCAAGAACAGCUGUCCCAGGAGCGGCAGCUACGGAAGGAAGAGGCCGACAGCUUCAACCAGAAAAUGGUCCAGCUGAAGGAAGACCAGCAGAGGGCGCUCCUGAGGCGGGAGUUUGAGCUGCAGAGUCUUAGCCUCCAGCGAAGGCUGGAGCAGAAAUUCUGGAGCCAGGAGAAGAACAUGAUGGUGCAGGAAUCCCAGCAGUUCAAGCACAACUUCCUGCUGUUAUUCAUGAAGCUGAGGUGGUUCCUCAAGCGUUGGCGGCAGGGCAAGGUUUUGCCCAAUGAGGGCGAUGACUUCCUUGAGGUAAAUAGCAUGAAGGAGCUGUACCUGCUAAUGGAGGAAGAGGAAUUAAAUGCCCAGCAUUCUGAUAACAAGACCUGCUCGGGGGACAGCUGGACCCAAAACACGCCCAACGAGUACAUCAAGACAUUGGCUGACAUGAAGGUGACACUGAAGGAGCUGUGCUGGCUGCUUCGCAAUGAGCACCGUGGUCUGACUGAGCUUCAGCAGCAGUUUGCCAAAGCCAAGGCCACCUGGGAGACGGAGCGGGCAGAGCUUAAGAGCCAUACUGCCCAGAUAGAGCUGAAGGCUGGAAAGAGCACUGGGGAGCGGGCAGGGCCAGACUGGAAGGCAGCCUUACAGAGGGAGCGGGAGGAGCAGCAGCACCUCCUGGCUGAGUCCUACAGUGCCGUUAUGGAGCUGACACGGCAGCUGCAGAUCAGCGAGCGCAACUGGAGCCAGGAGAAGCUGCAGCUGGUGGAACGGCUUCAGGGUGAGAAGCAGCAGGUGGAGCAGCAGGUAAAGGAGCUGCAGAACCGCCUGAGCCAGCUGCAGAAGGCUGCUGACCCCUGGGUCCUGAAGCACUCAGACCUGGAAAAGCAGGACAACAGCUGGAAAGAGACACGCAGUGAGAAGAUCCAUGACAAGGAGGCUGUUUCUGAAGCUGAGCUUGGGGGAACAGGCUUAAAAAGGACCAAAUCUGUUUCUUCUAUGUCUGAGUUUGAAAGUUUGCUUGACUGUUCCCCUUACCUUGCUGGAGAAGCCGCCCGGGGCAAGAAGCUGCCCAACAGCCCUGCCUUUGCCUUUGUGGGCUCCCAGCCGGUGGACGCAGAGAAGGAUGCCCAGGCACAGCCACGGGAUUGCAACGACCUGGGUGCCCUGGCCUGCCAGGACCCGGCGGGGAGGCAGAUGCAGCGGAGCUACACGGCUCCAGACAAGACGGGCAUCCGCGUCUACUACAGCCCCCCGGUGGCCCGGCGCCUGGGUGUCCCCGUGGUCCAUGAUAGGGAAGGCAAGAUCAUCAUCGAGCCCGGCUUCCUCUUCACUACCGCCAAGCCCAAAGAGUCGGCGGAGGCCAACGGGCUGGCGGAGAGCUCCUACGGCCGGUGGCUCUGCAACUUCUCACGGCAGCGCCUGGACGGGGGCUCAGCGGGUGGCCCCUCGGCAGCGGGCCCCGGCUUCCCAGCAGCCCUGCACAACUUGGAGAUGUCGGGCAACAUGAGCGACGACAUGAAGGAGAUCACCAACUGUGUGCGCCAGGCCAUGCGCUCGGGCUCGCUGGAGAGGAAAGUGAAGAGCACGUCCAGCCAGACAGUAGGCCUGGCCAGCGUGGGCACGCAGACCAUCCGGACGGUCAGCGUGGGCCUGCAGACUGACCCGCCCCGCAGCAGCCUCCACAGCAAGAGCUGGUCACCCCGCAGUUCCUCGCUCGUGUCCGUGCGCAGCAAGCAGAUCUCCUCCUCUCUGGACAAGGUGCACUCGCGCAUCGAGCGUCCGUGCUGCUCGCCCAAGUACGGCUCGCCAAAGCUCCAGAGGCGGUCCGUGUCCAAGCUGGACGGCGCCAAGGACCGCAGCCUGUGGAACCUGCACCAGGGUAAGCAGAACGGCUCGGCCUGGGCCCGCUCCACCACCACACGGGACAGCCCCGUACUGAGGAACAUCAACGACGGGCUCUCCAGCCUCUUCAGUGUGGUGGAGCACUCGGGGAGCACGGAGUCUGUCUGGAAACUGGGCAUGUCCGAGGCCCGGGCCAAGCCAGAGCCUCCCAAGUACGGCAUCGUGCAGGAGUUCUUCCGCAAUGUGUGUGGCCGGGCCCCGAGUCCCACCUCAGCGGCUGGCGAGGAGAGCACCAAGAAGCCCGAGCCCCUCUCCCCGGCCAGCUACCAUCAGCCAGAGGGCAUGGCCAGGAUCCUCAACAAGAAGACAGCCAAGUCAGGGAGCGGGGAAGAGGCCAGACCCUGCGUGCUCCCCCAGGUGGGGAAGGAUGGUGUCCUCCGAGACGGAGACGGAGCCCUGGUCCUUCCCAAUGAGGAUGCUGUUUGUGACUGUAGCACCCAGUCUCUCACCUCUUGCUUCGCCCGGUCAUCCCGCUCUGCCAUCCGCCACUCUCCUUCCAAGUGCAGACUGCACCCUUCAGAGUCCAGCUGGGGUGGGGAGGAGAGGGCAGCCCCUCCCAGCGAGUGACAGAGCAACGGAGCUCCCCGCCUCAACCAGCCCAGUCAAAUGGAUAGCGAAAGGGAACCAGCGAAGGGAACCAGCAGAGAGGAGGGCCAUGCCCUCUGCAUCACCUCGUCCUGGGGGACAGCAGCUGCACCACUGCUAGAGAACAGCUUUCCCAUCCAGGUAAAGCGGGGAUCUCCUACUGACCACUGGGUGGCGAUCUCUGACUACCCAGGAGAAGGCAGUGAGUGAGAGAAAGACCAAAACUGGGCUUCGGAAGCAAGCUCCUCCAGAGAGAUCCACUGGGAGCUUAUCCCUGGGUCCUAAAGGAGAGCCUUGCCUGGUUUUACCCACACCCACUUCUCAGAAGAGCCCAGGAAAGGAUACACUUCUGGCCACAGCCCGCAGGGAAAGGGCUCAUGGAGAUGCUAGUUGCCAAUCACACCCCUUUCUUGGUGGGGGAAACAUCAAUAAGAAGAACAGGCUUUGCCCUCGGGCUCAGCCUGGGGUUCCUGGUGGAGCUGGGCUGGGCAUGAUCCCUAUCCCUUCCUUCCUUCUACCGCCUCCUCCUCCCAGCCCUGCUGCUCUGGAUUGCUGUGACUCCAGGGGGUAUGAUAGGGCAGUGGCCAGGGCCAAGUAUCUGCUUGGAAUCCUGGAGCCCUGGAUCUCCCUCCCCAGACCUGAAUCCAGCAAGGACAAGAAGACAAAUGCGUGGGGCUCAGGGUUGGGGAGCCACUGGAACUGCCUCCCUUGCCGAGGUGACAACCUUCCCAGGAGAGUCCUUGAGGACAGAAGUAGGUAAUCUCUCUCAAGACCUGGUGCACAGAUAAAUGCCUAAAUGCCCACUGCCUUGAUCUCUGAGGCCUCUUUCCGUGGCACCCUGGAGGGGCGCCACCUCUCCACUGUGUUUACAUCCUGUAGCUGGUGGAGGGCGAGGAUAGUCCCAGUAAGAGACUCCCAGGCCAGGCCAAGCCAAGGGGCACUCCAGGAGGCUGGUGCUCCAGGACACAGCGGUAGACUGGGACCUGGAAACACGUUUCUUGCCUAUGUUGUUUAUUUGAAUUUUUCUUACUAUAAAUAUUUAAGGUGGUUUUACUUUAUUUUAAUAAUUUAAUUUACCCCAAAGUCCCUAAGGUAAUUUAUUGGAGGUUGAGACAUGUAUUCUUGCCACUGGGACAAUGCAAGGCUUUUAACACGAUGGACAGGCAUGGGGUCCCGCAUGUGGACGAGGCAGCUCAGCAGCCGAGCUAUGGUCUCCUGGUCAGCUUUGGAGCCCCCCUGGCAGAGCUGGAGCCCUGCAGCUUGCUCUCCCAACACCACUGACCAUUGGCCUCAGAGCGCUGCUUUUCACUCAACACCUGGUACUUGCCCAGCGCUCAGCAGUCAGUCUGUAAAUGCUCAAUGACAGGCUAGAAGGUUGGACCAAUGUCACUGCUUCCCAAACAUUCUUCAUUUCCCUUCUCAUUUUCCUUCCUCCCUCUCACACCUUUUUUAUGAGUCAAAUAUGAAUUACUAAGGCUCUACCAAGAGCACAGAGAUCUCUCCAAGUUCCCCAAGUGAGAAUUUGCAGGAAAACAGGACUGAACCUUGAGAAUGUUGUUAUUGCAGCUUUGCACAUGGAUCUGAGAGUAUCUGCCAUCCUGCCUCAGUUCUCACCAGUCUGCCAGCCUUUUUCACCAGCCACUCUCCUUAGCCUUAUGGCCUCUCAUGGCUCUUCUCUCAGCCCUAACUCCACUGUCCACUCUUCCCCACAUCCCAAGCUACUCAAGCCAUCAGAUGGAUUGCAGCAGGGCUCAUUGCGGUAUUGGCACCAAUGAACCCAUUUUGUUUGUACACAUGCCCACACAUAUGCAGAUAUGUGGCCCUCCUGUAACUGGCUAGGGGCCCAGAGUGGAAAUGCCAGGACAAAAUGGUUCAUCUGUGGAAUUCCCCAUCAGGAAGAAUGAAAGCCAAUGGCUUUUCUAGUUUGCCCCCAGGACUCUGGAGGUGCCUCUGCACUCUCACCUGCUCCUUCUGCCCUUUUAGGGUCACCUGGACCAGUUACCCAAAGUCCUUCAUCUCCAUUCCCUAGUGGCAGAACACCAGAGUCAUAUCUGUCCAGCCACUUCCUCGUGCCAUAUUGACUUGUGUGGGCAGAGCAGACAGGCCAGUGGAGCCGUGGGCCAAGCCCCUCUGGGAUGCCAUGCUCCCACCUGAGAGGUCAGGGGGCCCCUCCAAGGUUAUCUCCCGGGGAGGGGAUUCACAACAGGCCACAAGCCACCAGAGGCCUUCUGCUACCUCCCCGAGCUACAGAGGGCCAAGGAGUCCACACUCCCAGCCUUGAGGGAGAAAUCCUCGUGAGACCUGAACCCUGUGGCCUAUGGACCCGCUCAGCCUUACCAUCAUCCUCGUCCAAGAUUGACUUUGCCAUCCCUCAUGUCUCAGCAUCUGGCCGCCCAGCUCCCAGCCAGUGUCAGAGGCUCCAGAUCUUGGUUUCCUAUAAAGUCCAGUUUCUACUUCCUGCAUGCCACUGUGCAAGGUCACUCAUCACUCUUCCUACAGAAGCCUCUGGACAUGGGGCUUGAUGGGGUUGAAAAUGUUAUGUGUAAAUAUUGGUUUGGUUUGAUUUUUAGCAUUUUAAUAAGUAACUGGUGUUUUCUUUUUGGGGGUGGGGGGAUUGGUUUGUAAAAACUCUCUACUCUUUUGGAAUGUAAUUUCUAUGUUUGUUUCUGCAGAUGCCUUUUAAGUCUUGGUAACAUUCCCAAAGCAGAAAACUGCCUGACUCACAGUAGGAAUUCCCCUUGGAACAUUGGGGACCCAGGAAGGAACACUGCCCUUCUUACCUCCUUCCCCUUUCUACUACCCCUCUGCCAUUUUUACUCCUGGCACGUUCCUCCUUCUCUUCUUCCUCCUCCCCUAUCCUUCUUCCUCUUUUUUCCCCAUCUUUACUCUCUUCAACCAAAGUCUCAAGAAACCUUGGUGUCUAAUCCACUAUAGAUCUCUAGGCUUGGGUCCAUGGUGUAGGCACGACUUGGUGAGGGGAGGAAUGGAAGACCAGUUGGCACGGUUGACCCUAAACUGGGCAACCUCAUGUUUCUUAUAUCCGACUUUUUUCCAGAACCAAAUUAGACCCUCCUGGGGGCCAUGACGUCUGUAUUUGAAAGGAAUACAGACCCUGUAUGCACAAAGCACCAGAAUCCAAUUCCCUGUCUCCCCAGCAGCCCUUUCCCCGCAAUUCUUUCCACACCAAAGGCUGACCAGUUUCAAAAUACCUUUAAGAGAUCUUGCUUUCUAAGAACUUAGAAUGGGCCUUACCCCUUGGCCUCCCCAGAGACACUCCUUUACCAGCUGCUCUCCCAAGUGACACAGUCGAGGGCUCCAGAACUUGACUCUCUUACACCCUGGCUGCCACAUGGCUCCAUCAUACCCGCCCCAUGUACAUGUCAGUUUCAUCACCUAGCACGUUCUCCUCUUGCCCACCCACCUUCCAGGCUCUUCUUCCCUCUCUCCUCCCACCCAGAAUGUGCCCCACUUCCAGCCUCAUCAGCCCCCAAAACUGACCUCUUCAUUAAUAAUAAUAAUGGUCCCUUGCACAUUGUGCCCAGAGCACUUUACUAUGUAGAAAUUGCUCCCUCAUCCCAUGUCUUUUUCCAGCCUCUCAGGGACGACUCUGGGAGGCAGCCUUGGCAGGAAGGGGUUAGUGCUCCCAUUUUGCAGAUGAGGAAACGGAGGUGCGGGUCUCAGCCCAGAGUCACCGAACUGAGAAGUCAUCAAGUCUAGACUAGAACCUGGGUCUUCUAGAUCCCCCAGCCUAAACUCUGUCCUGCUUGCUGUGCUAACGCAUUGCCCCACUGCGGGCUUUGUGUGGAUAUAGGACACCCAGAACAUGCCACCGCCCAACCCAGACAUGAAAGUAGCCCACCCUGAAUCACUGGACCUGUGUGUCCCAGAAAAUGGCAUGGGGACCCCUUGCAUCAGAAUCCUCUGAGGGCACGUUCAAAAUGCAGUUUCCUGGGCCCCACCCACACUUUCUGGGCCAGGAACCUACAUAUUUGUGUUCAUAGCCCUGACCAAUUAGACCAUCUUUCUUUUAACCAAUAACCAUGAUGCUAUAUCUUAAAAAGACUACUGUGCUUAGAAUUAGGGGACUCAGUCCUCAACCCAGCUCUGAUUUGGUUUAAUUACCUUGAGAAUUUCCAAAAAACAUCAGAGGCAAUUUAUAAUCAGAGGCAUAAUACCACAGAAAUAGAAUAUUUUUAAAUUUUAGUUUAAUAAUACAACAUAAAUAGAAAAUCAAAAGCAAGAAUUAUCAUCCCCUCAAUCUAUCUAAUGUAAUUCCCAGAAUCAUUCAAUUAAAAUUCAUUCUUGAGUUUCCUGGCAUCCAUGGUAAAAAGAGAAACACAUCAGGUUUCAUAACUCUUAUCAACCAGUCAUGGGAAGCAAGCAUAUUUGCCCCAGGAGACAAUUCUGCUACUAAUUUAUAGCCCAUUUCCUUUCUUCAAAGACCACUAAGCCAGCUGGUAUUUCAACAGGUAAACCUAAGUUGCAAGGACGUUUUCCAGAUGACUUUAAAAAAAAAAUAACAAACUGCUACCAACUGGAAUGACCUUGGCCUCAGAUCAUUUGGCUACUCUAUGCCUCAGUGUCCCCAGUUAUAAAGUGGGGAGAAUCUCCUUCUACCUCACAUGGCUGUGGUGAGGACCAAAUACAAUAUUGUGCCUACAAGUCUACUUGGAAAAACAAAGUUCUACACAAAUGAAAAGUGGUCUGAACACACUCAUUGUCCCCAGGCCAGACCCCAGGCCAGACCCCUAGGUCACUCAUUGUGACCUAGCCUGGGGGGGUGGGCGGUGACACCCUUCUCACCCUCUUCAUUGAAAGGGGCUGCAAAAUCAUCUGGACCAACCCCCUCACUUUUUUUGUGGCAAAAUAUACAUAACAUAGACUUCCUAUUUUAGCCAUUUUAAGUACAUUCACAGUAUUGUACAACCAUGAAUUUCCAGAACUUUUUCAUCAUCCUAAACUGAAAUUACCCACUAAACACUCCCCAUUCCCCUGCCCCCAGACCCUGGUAACCUAUUCUACUUUCUGUUUUUGACUUUGCCUGUUCUAGGUACCUCAUAUGAAUGGAAUCGUGUGUUCUUUGUCCUUUUGUGUCAAACUCCUUCACGUUCUUAAAUGAGGAAUCAGGCCCAGAGAAGGGAGUGGCUCACCCAAGGUCACACAGCAAACUAAAAGCAGAGCCAGGACCAGAACCCAGGUUUCCUGAUUCUCAGUAGGUUCUGCAUCCCCAAUGGGGGAUGAGAUACUGCACUGCCAUCCUGCGAUCUUGGUCGAGCCUCUUCCUCUCUCUGGGCUGUCUGCUCACUUACCACCUCUCACCCAUCCUCUCUUUUAUCAUCUUCCUCCAAAACUUUGCCUCCUCCUGCCUCAUCUUCUCUGCUGGUUCCUGCCAGCAGACCGAGUGGCCCUGGCCAAUGGCCACAUUUUCCUCUUUUGGGCCCUGGGCUUACUUGUAGCCCCCACCUCUCAGCCCUCACAGAACAGCCUCUCCUCCCAUGGAUUUCCUCUUAACCUAGGCAUCCACCUCGCUGCCCCUUCAGGUUCACACUCCUGAGAAGUGCCCUCAGCUGUGGUCUCCCAACUCUGAGGUUUACUUUCAGAUCUGGGUUGUUUUUUUUUCUGAGUUCAUGUUUUAUUUCAUGUUUUCUCACACCAAAGGGGACACCUUUUCCUAACACCUCAGGUGGCUCCAGCCCUGCCAGCCCUUCUCACUGGGCUAGGCCCCAGCAACCCCCCAGCCAAGAAAGGCAUCCCCCAAUCUCAUCCUGAGUCACAUUGUCUUCUCUGUCUAUAGCCUCCCAGAAGGACCCCAGCACAUUCCACUAAGAGUGUGGUGUGUGUGUAGUGGGGGGCCCUUGGAUCUCCACUUCUGGUCUCUACCCUGCCUAGUCCUGCAUGGCUUGGUUGAGGAGAUGCAGCCUGGCUUGGAUUCUCUCCCUGGUCAUCUGUCCAUUUGACAUCCCACCAUCCUCUCUGCUCUUCCUUGGGCCUCACUAGCUCUAAAACGAGUCGUCCUGGCAGAACCUGUAGCUGACCCUGGUUUUGCCCCUUACCCCUGCCAAAAUCAUUUGCAGUUUGCAAAGUUCAAGAAACAAAGGGGACAUGGUGCUGGGCCUGAGUCCCCUGCCCAGGGCGUCUCCCCACUCCUCCCUCACCCUCUUUGGACCUUCCCUUCUCUAUCCCAUCAUCCCUGCUCCCCUUUCUUCCUGCCCUUCACCAGCCCUCUGGACCCCAUGCCCAAAGGAAAGGAGCUUUGGUUUUCUCUAUGCUUACUUGAAGGGCCAAGGUAGUCGGGCCUGGCUGCCUUGUCACACUACAUUCUGACACCACUCAAACUGCUUCCGUAAAGAGGAACCUCAGCCAGGAGUCGAGACCUGGCCCAGGUCUGGGAAGACCGCUUAACUUCUCUGGGCUAAGCUGGGUGUGUGAUUUUAUAAUGAGCACCAGGAUGAUCCCUAGGGCCCCAAGGCAUUGCUCGUGUUUUGGGGUCCUGCAUCACUGUCCCCUCUCCACUGGACCUUGGUAUCCUGGCUCCUUUCUCAGUUCUGCCUUUGAUCUCUGUGCCUUAGUUUACUUCUCUGCACAGGGGGCUCACCAUAAGACCAUUUCUAGCAGCUUCCCAGGUUACUUGGUGCCUCUAAGGCUAGGCCUUUCCAGCUAUGGCCCAGCUUCCUAGAACUGCCUCAGGGCACCAGGUUUCUGAGGAUGAGGUGCCUGAAAUCAGCUAGAGCAUCCCCUAGGAACUUCAUAGGAAUGCAAAGUAUUGGUGCUACCCCAGACCUAUGAAAUUCAAACUUCUGGGAUGGGGCCCAGCAAGCUGGGGUUUAACAAGCCCCUCUGAGUGAUUCUGAUAUAACAGGAGUUUGCCAUCUGCUGACUUAUGUAGCAAUUAGUGCAGCCUGGUGAGGGACUGAGGCUGGCCUGGACCAGGAACUCAUGAGAAACACCAACUGCUGGACUCCUGAGAGACUAGGAACUCUUCCCACCUGCCCUACAAAACAAAACAAUCAAAACUCUCUUCUCUUUCUGGAAGCUGGAGGACUGGAAGACGGCAUAUGUUUUUCCUUUCUUUGCCCUUGGCUUCGUUCUAGCUCUGUUCACCUCUCCCACCUGUCUGGGUUUUAUAAAAAGGUGUGUAGGGGGAAAAAAAAAGGUUGUGUAGGAUUGUGCCAGCCAAGCAGAGGGUGGGUGUCCUGGGGGCAGGAGACAAAAGACCCUGACCAUUUAUCCCUUGAGAACCUUACCAUAGGCUCAUGGCCUCUCUUCACAUGGAAAGAAACCUAACUCUUCAAGAAAAGAAUCAUAAAUCCCCAACUCCUUCUUUUCCUCCUCCCACCUCCAGGAAGACCCUGUAGAUAGUGCCAAAAAAAACCUGGCUCCAACCCCCAGCAACUGGGGAAGGGAGCCAGAAGCUGUCCUUUCUUCUCAUCCUGCCCCCUAACCCCUGCCUAUACUGUGAAGCCCCUUUCCUGCCCAGCCUAGUUUCCUGGUGUGGGUCCUGCAGUCAUGGACCCUAGGAGACACCCAGGGAAAGACCUUCAGGAGGGAAGGGACCAAGGGCAUCCUUGGGCCAAACUGUUCGCCUCUCCUGUCCACUGUUCUCUCCUCCCCACUUCUGUCUUCAAAACGCUCCUUCCUAGGAUGGAUUAGGUGCUAGGACGACUGUGGUCCGAUCCACCAGCUUUCCCUGCCCCCACGUCUUAUUUCAGACAUGAGAAUAACUGUACAGUGUAAACUUACAAAGGGUUUUUAAUGGUUGUAGAGGAAAUAAAGUAUGUCAUAUGAACAGUA